GACCCAAAUAAAGACACGGAGUGGAAUGACAUCCUGCGCAAGAAAGGUAUCCUUCCUCCAAAGGAAAAUCUGGAGGAACAGGAGCGCGCAAAGGAAGAGGAGCAGCUUGCCAUCCUUCAGAAGUCUCUUGUGAAAACUUACGAGGACAUGACUCUGGAAGAGCUAGAAGAGAAUGAAGAUGAAUUUAAUGAGGAAGAUGAGAAAGCUAUUGAAAUGUACAGGCAGCAAAGAUUAGCAGAAAUGAAAGCAGCUCAAAUGAAGAAUAAAUUUGGGGAAGUUUUGGAGAUUUCGGGAAAAGAUUACAUUCAAGAGGUUACAAAAGCUGGAAAAGGUAUAUGGGUAGUUCUGCACCUCUACAAACAAGGAAUUCCACUCUGUGCCUUAAUAAAUCAACAUAUGAGCGGGCUUGCAAGGAAGUUCAGAGAUGUGAAAUUCAUCAAAGCUAUCUCUACGACCUGCAUUCCCAACUACCCCGACAAGAACCUGCCUACAAUAUUCGUCUACCUGGAGGGAGACAUCAAAGCUCAGUUCAUUGGGCCUUUGGUGUUCGGUGGCAUGAACCUGACAAGGGAUGAAUUGGAGUGGAAGAUUUCCGAGUCGGGCGCCAUCAAGACAGACCUCGAGGAGAACCCCAGGAAGCAGAUCCAGGACCAGCUCAUGUCCUCAAUCAGGGCGUGUGUCCCAGCCAGUGGGGAGAGUGACUCAGAGGAUGACUAACUCCUGCAUCGGCAUCAAGAUUGAUACAGUAUGCUUGCAGCCAGUGUUCCCACCUAGAGCGCUGGAGAUGCUCAUCAAGAUCUCGCUGAGCCCCAGAAGGGCAGUAUUUCAAGACAGCUGUUUGUCUAGAAACUUUUAGAAACU